AUGACAGGUAGUGGUGCUUUGGAGACUAGCAAUGCGGUUAGGGAGCUCAGUGGUAAAAGCGUUAACCUAAGCUCUGUUGAAAGGAGUUUGCCUCUGACAUUGGUUCUCAUCUUGGUUGUCGCCACCCUUGAUAAAGGCAUGACGAGGGUUGACUCACAGGGCUCCCAACGAAUCAAGAGAGUU